AUGGUGCAGCAUGCGGACUCCCUGGCGUUGCUUUUUUCGUUAUUGGGUGGCUUCUUCAUGGGCGCUUACCCCGUGCCCAUCAAGGCUCCAAGUGUGCUGAAAGUGGAGCCUCAUCCGGUCAUCUUCCAAUUCUACAAGUCCUUUUGGGUCUUUGUGACUGGAUGGCUCUUUGUAGUGGCACGGUGGUGGCUAGCUUUGUCACCGGUCUACAUCUUCAGCUGGUGGGGAAUUGUGAGUGCGCUGGGCUGGAUCCCCAGCGGGCUUUGCACCAUCACUGCUGUGCCACUCCUGGGUGUUGGGAUGUGCGUCGCCGUGACCACCAGUACAGCAUCCGUCCUCAGCUUUCUGGUGUUUUGGUUGGUGCUUGGAGAGAAUAUGAAGGAACACCUCAUCUUCGGCCACAAGGUCUAUGUCGCGCCUGUCUACCUCAUUUGCAUCAUCCUGGGAUCGGCAGGCCUCGUCUAUGUGACAAGGACCAGCAGGUCUGGAACUGCUGCCUCUCGCCAGGCGUCUGUUGGACUCUUGUUGGCGGUGCUUGCAGGUGGCUUUUCUGCUGUUCAGUAUGGUGCCGUCAAUCUGGGCCGUCGCUCCGCGAUGCGGGCGAUUGGCUGUGACGAGGACCCCUCUACAUGUCCGGACGAGUUCAUUGAAGAGUUCAACAAUUUUGGAUCUUGGAUGGCUUCCUUUGGUAUUGGUGCCAUGCUGGUGACCAUGUUGACGAUGGCCGGUGCCUACGGAAAGUAUGCCUUGUGUGAGAGGGACGACUUGGACAAGCAGCCCAGCAAAGCUCCCAAGCUCCACUUGAGGACCUUGCUCCUGCCGGGCACGGCCGCGGGGCUUCUCUGGUGCUCGGGGAACUUCUUCCAGACAGCAGCUGUGGUGCGAGGAGGCAAUGCGGUGAUGCUUCCUGCGAACCAAGCGAUUCAGUUGGUGACCUCUGGAGCUUUCGGUCUCCUCUACUACCGUGAGGUGCCAAACUUGCGAAGUGCGAUUUGCUGGUGCUUCUUGGCCUUGUGGACCUUGGCCUUCAUCCUCCUGUUGAGUCAGGACCGCUCGGCAGCCCAUCGCUCGGAGCUGCUGCGCUUCCGUGUCCGCGUCGAGCUCUUCCCCGAGCGCUUCGAGGCGCUCGUGGAGGCUGCUCGUGCGGCCGAGGCUCAACUGCCCGAGGAGGGUGGUUUUGUUGUGCGUCCCUUGACGCAGCCUUUGCCAGCCAGCGUGCUGCGUGUGGAGGGCCGGUGCCUCCAAGCGCCGCGGCGAGAGGUGCAUGCGGACUUGGGUUUUCCAGAGCCCGCCCUGGUCAGCAACGAGGUGAACUGA